AUGUGCACCCCUCGUCUGAGGCGCAGAGACCUAGAGACACAGAACCUGCGGACGCAGAAACGCCAGCAGGGGCAGGGGGCUGCUCGCCAGCAGGACAAGAAGGGGGAUUCUGUGCUCCCCCAAGCCGGUGGGGCCACCACACUCAGGUGUGAGACCUCAGAUGCCGCCUCUGGGGCUGCUGUGCCCCAGCUUGUCCCAGCCCGCUCCAUCCUCUUCAAGCAGCCCCUGAUCAUCGCCAACCACCACAUGCAGUCCAUCUCCUUCGCGUCUGGCGGCGACACGGACAUGACAGAUUACGUGGCCUAUGUGGCCAAGGAUCCCAUCAACCAGAGAGCCUGCCACAUCCUGGAGUGCUGCGGGGGCCUGGCGCAGAGCGUCAUCAGCACCGUGGGCCAAGCCUUCGAGCUGCGCUUCAAGCAGUACCUGCACAGCCCGCCCAAGGUGGUGGGACCUCUGGGAAGGUACCGGCUGCCUCCCCCCACCCUCCCUGGGCCGGGCCUGGCGGGGGCUUGGCCCUUCUCUCUCUGGUCAGGCCACGGAGGCGGGGAGCCGCUGUGGGCACACUCGGAGGGCGGGCCGGCUUCGUGCCAGCAGCCCUAUCCAUGGACACCAGAAUCUGAAUCUCCCGUGACUCCCUGGCCGCCGACGGCUGACCUUUGGAUGUUUCUUUGUGGCUUUCAAAUAUGGAAGCCGUUCUCAACCCCAAGCCACUGCCACGGCAGUUACCUUUAG